AGAAUCAUCAACCAUUUUCCUAAUCAUAUCGAGCUAACCAAGAAAGAUUUAAUGGUCAAGAACAUCAAACGAUAUAAAAAAGAAUUAGAAAAGGAUAAAAACAAACCGCCGACAAAGUUUCAAUAUAUUGAUUUUUUGCCAGUUACAUAUACCCUACCAGGAGACUACAAUCUAUUUGCUGAAGAAUUUCGCAAGAAUCCUUCUGCAGUUUGGAUCAUGAAGCCAACCGAUAAAGCACGAGGAAUAGGCAUUUUUAUUAUCAGCAAACUUAGCCAAAUCAAAAAAUGGUCAAGAGAUAAAUUACAGUUGAGUGUAGUCGAUACAUAUGUUGUUUCACGAUACAUUGACAAUCCACUGCUGAUUGGCUCAAAAAAGUUUGAUUUGAGACUUUAUGUUUUGGUAACAUCUUGGCGGCCCUUGGUAGCAUAUCGACACGGUCAGGGAUUUGGACGCUUUUGUGCUGUCAAAUACAAUCGCGAUAUCGAGGAACUGGACAACAACUUUAUGCAUCUUACAAACGUUUCCAUUCAAAAACAUGGAGAAGAUUAUAAUGAAAAUAACGGUGGAAAAUGGCAUUUCAAAAACAUGCUACUCUACUUGAAUGCUACACGAGGCAAGGAAGCUACUCAAAAACUAUCGGACGAAAUUGAUUCUAUUCUUAUAAACUCUCUUCGUGCAGUUCAGAGUCUAAUGAUUAACGACAAGCAUUGUUUCGAGUGUUAUGGUUAUGAUAUCAUCAUUGAUGAAAAUCUACGGCCGUGGUUGAUUGAAGUCAAUGCUUCUCCCUCACUUUCUGCAACAACUGCAGACGAUAAAGCCAUGAAGGUAUUGCUAUCAUGA